UUUUUUUACUUUGUAAAAGAAUUUAUUUUAAUAGCACAAAAUGUGUAGUCACUGGUGAAAUACUUUUCCCUCAAAGAAAACUGUUUUGGGAGGUUUGUUGCUGGUGGCCCUUCUGGUGUCCCACAUGCUUCUGACAAAGGAAGGAGUGACGUCUUUGCCAAUCUGCCCCAAUGGAUCUGUCAAUUGCCAACUUUCCCUUGAGGAACUUUUUGACCGAGCAGUUAAGCUUUCACACUACAUCCACUUCCUCUCUUCAGAAAUAUUCAAUGAAUUUGAUGAACGCUAUGCCCAGGGCCGGGGUUUCAUUGCAAAAGCUGUCAAUAGCUGCCACACUGCGUCUUUAACCACUCCUGAGGAUAAGGAGCAGGCUCAGCAGAUUCAUCAUGAAGACCUACUGAACUUAAUACUGGGAGUUCUGCGUUCCUGGAAUGAUCCCCUGAUCCACCUGGCCUCAGAAGUACAAAGAAUCAAAGAAGCUCCAGAAACCAUUCUCUGGAAGGCUGUGGAGAUUGAAGAACAAAACAAGCGACUUCUAGAAGGAAUGGAGAAAAUAGUUGGGCGGGUUCACUCUGGGGAGGUUGAAAAUGAUAUUUACACUCCAUGGGAGGGACUUCCAUCCCUGCAGCUUGCUGAUGAAGACUCCAGACUCUUUGCCUUCUACAACCUGCUGCACUGUCUCCGCCGAGAUUCCCACAAAAUUGACAACUAUCUCAAGGUUUUGAAGUGCCGCCUAAUCCACGACAACAAUUGUUGAGUAUUCAAGGGCCUAAUCAUGAACUGAAAUCAUUCAUCGUGUGUUCUUAAUGCUUUGCCACUUCAUGAAAAUGCACACUGUGCAGUAUCUGUAUCAUCAGUAACUUUCAGGCAUGUUUGUAUGAAUUCUGGCUGCAACAAUUAGCACGUGUCGGUGCUUAAAAUAUUACCAAGUACUUGUAUGACAAGAAUGCACUUUCUGUCUAGUCUUCUCCCCUAGUAGUAUUUCAGUGAUAAACAGGUCAUGCAGAUACAAAUAAAAAUGUUCUUAAAUCCAAAA